GUGCCCACUGGCAGGCUUCGACGGGACCAUGGCGGCACGAGCGACGGCCUGCUCGAUGCCCUAGUGUCGCCUUACAGGGGGAGGGAACCGAGAAAAAGGAGGGGGAAUCGAGUUGGUGCGGUGCGAUGCUGAAGGACCAUCAGGAGCAUCACUUCCUCACACAGGAGGGAUGAAAGGAGACCAAAAGGGAGCAGAGCGUUUCUAAGCAACAGCGACAACUCACAAUGGGCUACAAGAUUCCCGGGGCAGCGAUGGACCGCGUGAGCCUGCUAUGGCGUCUGCGGCGUCGUGCCCGCCGCGGUGCCCUCUGCAUGGCGUUCUUCUGCAUUUCCAUGGCGCUGCUCUACGCCCUCUGCGCCGAGAACAGCGUGCCCGUCACCGACGCCAUUUUCGGCGUGCGGGCGCGGACGCGGGCCCAGCCUCGCACGCACACCGUCGUCAAGGUGCUGCGAGGUGGCGCCAAGCCCGCGUACGUGGAUCCCCAGAAGCUCCCGGGCGUUGUCCCCGGCGACCCCCGCCGCCCCAUACCCGUACUCUCCUCGCCCAACCGCACUUCUGAGCACCAGACCACCAAGCCAAAGCCCAGGGAGGUCGAGAGUUUCUUCGCGCGCAUGUUGCCGCAACCCUUCCUGCGGGCGCUGGACACCCUCUUCGGGGGCCGCCGGCGAGGCCAGCUGAGCGGCAAGGGCGGCGAUGCCGAGCUCUUUGGGCCCAACAGCCUUCUCGGGAAGGUGUGGAAUGAGCACAUGUCAAGUAGCAUGCUGGGAAACAGGCUGAAGAAGGUGGUGAACAACUAUCAGGCGAUGAACAAAUAUGGCGUCAAGCUCCCCGACGCGGCGGCCAUGGCCGGCAGGCCCACGUUGAGCGGGCCGGAGCUCCUGUGCCAGCUCCACGAGAAGGUGGCGUUGUCCACGCUGACGGCCGACCUGCCGCCUUUUUCCUCUCUGCCGUGGGCCUCGCAGCUGCCGUCUAAGCCGCUCACCUCCGACGUGGGGCCGUUCAAGAGCUGCGCCGUGGUGUCGUCCGCUGGCUCGCUCCGCGACGCGGGCCUCGGCAAAGAGAUAGAUGCCCACGAUGCCGUGAUGCGCUUCAACAGCGCCCCCACCGCCCACUACGAGAAGGACGUCGGUUCCAAAACCACCAUCCGCCUCAUCAACUCACAAGUGAUGGCGUCUGAUGACCACCACUUCCUGUCCAGCUCGCUGUACAGCUCGGGUGUAUUGGUGGCCUGGGACCCCGCUCCCUUUUCCGCUGACCUCACACAGUGGUUCAACCACACCGACUACCCCAUCUUCACCCAGUACCAGCGCUACAGGCGGCUGCACCCUCAGCAGCCCUUCUACAUCCUACAGCCGCGCUUCAUCUGGCAGGUGUGGCAGCGAAUACAGGACAACAUGCCGGAGCCCAUCCAGAAGAACCCGCCCUCCUCUGGCAUGCUGGGUACAGUGCUGAUGAUGUCCAUAUGCGACGUGGUCCACGUGUACGAGUUCCUGCCGUCGCGCCGCAAGACGGAGCUGUGCCACUACUACCAGCGCUUCUACGACGCCGCCUGCACGCUGGGCGCCUACCACCCGCUGCUCUACGAGAAGAACCUGGUCAAGCGUAUGAAUCAGGGACUCGACCGCGACAUUUACACACACGGGCGCGUCACGCUGCCUGGAUUCAGCAGUCUCAACUGCAAAACAACGCAUGCAGGUUGACGAGCAAACGAGAACAGACGCCGCGCUGGAACACACACUGGAGUUCAAUCCUAUAUAAUAGAUGUGCCUGCUGAAAACAUGUGUAAUAUACACUAUAUCCUGAAUAGGGUUGCAAAAUUCGGGAAAUUGUCAAAGUUGGAAACUUUCCAUUGGAAUAAAAGGGACUAAACCAGGAACUUAUACAAUUGAAAGUUGGCCCUUCAUAGGGAAAUUAAAUAUAAAUAAAAAUAUUAGAAAUGAAUAUGAGUAUAUCAUAUAAUACGUACAUAUAUACGUCGCAGAUCAAGUGAAGUGGGCAAAAAAUAAGAUAAAAUGAAGCAAUUACCUAACUCAUUCACUGCCAGCCAUUUUUAAAGCAGAACGCCCUAUAUUGCUAGCAGUUUGAGAGCAUUCUUACUGAUCUUUCAAGACCCACAGAAUAUUGGGCUCUGUGACAAUAUUAGCACAAAACCCACCCCAAAAAAGAGUAGACUCUAUCUUUCAAGAAGACAAAAAAGAUGGUCUCUAGCUUUUUCUGUUCUUUAGUAAUCAGCAGUCGAACAUUUCUGAUUUCUGACCAAAAAGCAGGGAGCUUUUUGUGAAACCAAACGUGUCAAGCAGAACAGUGACUAUGACGCUAAUAUUUUUUUGCUUUUGUGACACCACAAACUUUUAAACAAGACUGAAAAAGGGCUUUUGAUGGGGAAAUCAUUAUUUACAGAUGGUACAGAAAUGCACCUUGUGUGUCGCUGACUCACUGGAGAGCUUUUUUAAAGCGAGUUUGUUAUUCACUCCAUUAACUGUCAUCUUUACGCCAGAUCGUGACACACACUUUCUAGUACUUACUGCGACUUAUACUCUGUUUAUACGAUUUACUGUAUAUACAUACUCUGUCCGAGUGUGAGGUACCUGAACUUGUUUGACUUUCGUGUUGGGAUUUCUCUCCCUCAUAAUCAACGUGGCAAGCCGAGAUUCACGCCCUGAUCUAUCUUCAACUCAAAAGCCGUGCUGAUCUCAAAUCCGAAGCGAUGCAAGGCCGCCAUCUACUGGCAUCUGUUAGUAAUUACAGUGGUUUACAAACCUUAAUUUCACAGACAAGCUGGGUCCUCUAUGCCUACUCUUUGAAAAAACGUACUUGACAAAUAGCAGAAACAGUUGGAUUGACAAAUAUAAAUGUCCUCGCAUGUGGGCAAGGAGAGCGUUCUAUUUUGCAUGGAUGUCUGUUUAUGAUGAAACUGUUUCUAUUUAUGCUUGCAUGUAAUACCUUAUCAUUGAAUUACUGUCAAUUCCCAGUUAUCCUCAUGGAAAGUUUCCACUUUGCAAUAUCUCCAAAACCAGAAAGUUUCCGUCCCUUUGUAACUAAUCCUUAAUGGAAAAGAAACUUAAGACAAAAUACUACACAUCAUCUCAAGGAAAGAAAAAGGCAAAACGGGCAGUUUACUACGUCCAGUUGUAGCAUACUUGAUAACUGAUCAUUUUGGCGGGCUGAAUGUCUUCAAUUUGCACAACUCGACGUAUUUUUUUUUUCUGUUGCUGAGCUGGAGCCAUCCCAGCUGACUUUUGAUGAGAGAAGUACGGUACAGUAAGAUGGCGCCAAAAGCAAUAGUUUUAUAUUAGACUGUUAGAAUGUUAUAUUGAAUAACGGAGGAUCAGUUCCAAUAGGUGAAUCAGCGAGUCGCAAGGUACAUACAGAAAAACUUCCAUUUACAUUUAAACUUAUUUAGAGUUGUCCAUGAACCCAACGUGUCUUUGGAAUGUGGGGGGGAACCAGUUCCCCAGAGAACCCACGUAAGAACGGGAAGAUUCAAACUCAGAACUUUACAACUGCGAGGCAGACGCGUAUUCCACUGUCUACAGUGUUGUCUGAGAGAGUAGUAACUGCUAUAGGAAAUUUCCCAUCCAAAUUUUCAGCUUGGAAAGCUCAUUGAAAAUAACUUUUAAAUUCAAAUUUUGUUGACAAUCUAACCGUAGACGAUGCACCAAGGAGGAACCAUUCAGUGGAUUUUUUUAAAAUUUGAAGGUGAACGCUCUUAAAGACAAUAGAAGCAUUUUCACUUGUGGAGGCAGCCCUUCAUACACGCCAUGCACUUGUCAGUUCGCAACGCAAAACACAAAUACUCCCCAACUUCCCCAACCAAUCAAGUAUGUACCACUCAUAAAAAGCUACCACUGUUCGCUAAUGCUAAUCUGUGCAGCCAACAAAACAAUGCAGGUCUGCUUACCAAGUGGACAUUUACAUGAUAGUGUCGACCCCAGCACGUUGACAACUUCACCAGACAAUCGCGUGUGUGCCGCUUAUCAGAAGCUAACAUUGUUCGCUAACGCUAAUCUGUGCAGCCAAUAAAAGUUGGUGAGCUCUUCUUACCUUUUGGCUUUUUAGGCCUUUUUAGUCACAGGGGUGAUUCAACAAGUAUUUUGCUUCUUCACACCAGACAUGCAGGACUGCAUGACUUAAAAUGAUAUCAAAAUGACAACAUUUUUAGUAUAAGAACUAUACAAAUCUUCAAAUGUCAAAUUUAAUUAGACUGACAGUUUCUGUGAUGUCAUAUUCAC